GAUGCGAGGACAGGAUUGUGUUUUGUCUCUCUCUCAUCCGUAGGGCAGCUCUCAUGAUGGUGCCAAGCGGCGCUGCGCGGUGUGAGAAAUCAAAGCGCAGGCGUCGUGGCGGGGAGGGAGGCUGUCUUUGCGCAGACUGGGUAGCUUACUGUACAUGGCCAUUGAUACUGCUGGAUGGAUGUAGCCCCUGGUGUAAAUAGGAAUGACGAGGGGUGUGAAUCUAACAUGCCGCGUUAUCUCCGCCUGACAUCGGAUCCUGCCUGUUUUUUAUCACCAGCUGGAUUUUAUAAAGCGCCUCUUCUGUCGACGGCUUGACAGCUCGCCCGAUGAUUUUCAUUUGACUCAAAGCAGACGGGCGGCUUCUCCUAAUAAACACUCGGGAAAAGAAAACAUAAUAAAACAGGUCAUUAUGACCUUAGCAUCCGCCAGUAAAAGGAAACCACCGGAUUGCUUUUACGCAGCGGCGUUCUGCCUGCAUCUUUUGCUUUGGGUCUCGCGUUCCGUGUCCGGAGAGGAGCAUCAUCAGUUCAGCGUUGAGGGAUGGCUACAGAGAUACGGCUACCUUCCCCCCACAGAACCAGGAAUGUCGGUCCUGCGCUCAGCCAAAACCAUGCAAUCAGCCAUUGCUGCCAUGCAGCGUGUCUAUGGCCUCAAUGUCACAGGGACACUGGAUGAGAAAACUAAGGAUGAUAUCACUCUCAGGUGGAUGCAAAAGCCUCGCUGCGGCGUUCCUGACAAGUUUAAAGGUGCCGCGAGGUCACGGAGGCGAAGAUACGCGCUGACAGGACAGAAGUGGCAACGCACAUUCAUAACGUACAGCAUCAAAAAUGUUACACCAAAAGUGGGAAUCCAGGACACUCAUUAUGCCAUCCGGCGGGCGUUUGACGUGUGGCAGGAAGUGACUCCUCUACGCUUUGAGGCCGUUCCAUACAACUUCCUGGAAACUGGCCGGCGUGACGUGGACAUCACCAUCAUCUUCGCUUCAGGCUUUCAUGGUGACAGCUCACCCUUUGAUGGGGAGGGCGGAUUCCUGGCCCACGCCUAUUUCCCGGGCCCAGGCAUAGGAGGGGACACACACUUUGACUUAGACGAGCCUUGGACCCUCGGAAAUCCCAACCACGAUGGAAAUGACUUGUUUCUGGUUGCGGUUCAUGAGUUGGGCCAUGCUCUCGGUCUAGAGCACUCCAACGAACCCACUGCUAUCAUGGCUCCUUUUUACCAGUACAUGGACACGGAGAACUUCAAACUACCUCGUGAUGAUCUGGACGGCAUCCAGAAAAUCUAUGGACCACCAGAUAAAGCUCCACAGCCCACAAUACCUCCUCCGACGGUUCCUCCUCCUUGCUUCCAUCCUCCGUCAGACCCGCGAAAACACGAACGUCACUCCAGACCCCAUCGGCCUCCGCAGGGGGCUAAACCAUCCAACCCCAACUCCAAACCUAACAUCUGCGACGGAGGCUUCAACACUCUGGCCAUUCUUCGACAAGAGCUUUUUGUCUUCAAGGACCAGUGGUUUUGGAGGGUCCGGGACAAUUCUGUAAAUCCAGGCUAUCCCAUGCAGAUCAACCAGUUCUGGAAAGGCUUGCCUCCCAAAAUAGACGCUGUGUAUGAAAACAGUGAAGGGAAGUUCGUCUUUUUCAAAGGGUACCGUUUCUGGGUGUUCAAGGACACAACUCUGCAACCGUCAUACCCUCAGAACAUCUCUCUAUUUGGCAGCGGAAUGCCGAAUCAGAGCAUUGAGACAGCUGUUUGGUGGGAAGACGUCGCCAAAACCUACUUCUUCAAAGGAGACAGAUACUGGAGGUAUAAUGAGGACAUGAGGACGAUGGAUCCAGGUUACCCCAAACUCAUCACCAUCUGGAAGGGCAUCCCUCCCUCACCUCAGGGGGCUUUUGUGGAUAAGGCCAAUGGCUUUACCUACUUCUACAAGGGAAAAGAGUACUGGAAGUUCAACAACAUGCUGCUUCGCGUGGAGCCCGGUUACCCCAGGUCCAUUUUGAGGGACUUCAUGGGCUGUGACGGCCUACCUGUUGACCCCGACUGGGACUGGAGUCCCGCUGUAGCAGAGGAACGCCACUAUGACAGCGAUGACGUGGUGGUCAAAUUCACUCAGAACAGCAUAGGCGGCACGGAGAAAGCAGUGGCCAUCGCCAUCCCCUGCGUUCUGGCACUGUGCAUGAUGGUCCUCCUCUACACCGUUUUCCAGUUCAGGAGGAAGAGCACGCAGUGGCACAUACUGUACUGCAAGCGCUCCAUGCAGGAGUGGGUCUGAGGGACUACGACUGUACAGCGGAGGGGGUUGUGUGUGUGUGUGUGUGUGCGUGUGUGUGUGUGUGUGUGUGUGUGUGUGUGUGUGUGUGUGUGUGUGUGUGUGUGUGUAUCUCUGAUAAUGGUCUUGUUGUUGCUUGAAGCCCUAUAAUUUAAAAAGCACUAAACAGAACAUGAAGUUUGCCAUUUUGGCUGAUCUCAGAACUGCUGGAAUAUGUAACGAGCAAGCUGCAAGGAAGUGAGACUAUCAGCACAACUCAAGACAGCGAUGGAGCUGCAGCUUCUUUGUCCAACUAAUCCGUAUCAGCUUCGGAGUUUUUUUUCUAUAUCUUGGAAUGAACUCAAUUACAUGAGACAGAAUUAAUCCACUGUAAGUGGAACCUUUGACCAUCCACGUCUCUGCACGCUGCUUAAAAAGCCCAUAGCACCAAUUUCAGUGGACAAAUUUGAUCUAGGCUUCUACUUUACUUAAUUCAAUCGCCCAGAGCUGUGCUUUAUUCCGUUUUUUAAAAGAUUAUUCAUUGUUUAGAGGAGCAGUACACAAACCAAAUAUGAUGUUUUCUCCCAAAGAGGAUUACAGCCCAACAAUUCUUUUUUUUUAAACUUUAUUUAUUCAUUUAUUUUAAUUGGAUGUUUUUCCUUCAUGGAACUCACAUCAAGGGUCACUCGCUGGUUUUUCGAAGCCAUUUCUUCUCAUAUCCACUCGUCUGCUCAGUGCAGAUGCAGCAGUGAACAGGAGAUGUUGGGACUAUUGUGGCAGUCUGUCUCCAAAACGGGGGCCGAAAAGCCCUCUCUGCAAUAUUUACAGGACUGCCUUAAUCACAGAUUGCUUAAAUCCUUUGCUCCUUUUUCUCUCUGGUGUGGAAGUGGGAUAAUGAGCAGCACAGCAGCAGGACUACAGGAAAUGUUAAUAAACACUGCCCGAAAAUGCAACUUUAAACCAGUCUGUCGGAUCCACAAGGGGCUCGUUGCUCUUAAAAAAAGAUCUGCUUUCGUGUCUCUGGAGGGAAAAAAAGGAUGAUUUAAUCUGUGUGUGUGUGUGUGUGUGUGUGUGUGUGUGUGUGUGUGUGUGUGUGUGUGUGUGUGUGUGAGAGAGAGAGAGAGAGUGAAAGAAUACUGUACAUCUAACGUCCUCACUUGAAACUGCUUUCCUUUUUCAGCUUUGAUUUUGUACAGCUUUUAAGUGGAUGACAUUUUUUACAUAAAGCUGGAAACAAAACAAAAGGAGGAACAUCCUCAGAGGGAUAAGAAUACAAUCAUCUCAAAUCAUCAGAAGCACAGGUUUCUCCAUCUUCCUAUUAUAGUUUUUGAUGAAAAGCACAGAAGAAAAUAAAAAACCCCAAACAAGAUUGUAACUUUUAACUAAACUUACUGACAGCUGAACUUAGGAGGUUUAGAGUAAAACGCCUGCGUGAUCAGUAACCAGGCUGUUUUAUGCACCGUUAUAUGCAAAUAUUUGUGUAACAUGAACAAAUGACUAUUUAAUGUUAGAGUUGUCUAAUCAAUAUAAAUAUUUGGAUUUAACUAGAGUAUUGGAGAAAUGAAUCCAGCAAAUGUCAAGUAUUUAAUGAGCCUUUGUGCAUAUAUACAAUAUUACAUGUAACCUUGUGUUUCCAUCCAUUUCUUCAGAAACAAUAAAACUGAUUUAAAGGUGAGAUGAAGCUGAAAGGAGAAGGAUUUAUUUUGUUGUGUUAAGUUACAGAAACUGGGUUUGACCAUAUAAGUGUGAACAAUGUGGGUGUGUGGUGUGUAGCAUUUCUGAGUUUAUCCGAUGAUCCAAAAAGUGGUUUAUUUCUGGUAAAAAGGGGAUUUUUGUUUCUGGUUUUGUUGAGACUCAUCAGGAUGCUGGAAAUCAUCUUCCACAGAUAUCAAGGGUGCAUGGUUUUAAAAUGCAUUCUUUUGCACUUUUUGAAAUACAAAUCUGCAUAAAAAUCUCCCUGAGACUUGAUUGAUGGCAGGUUGUUAAUCAUUCGUGAUCAUUUAUAACAUAAGCGCACUUUCAUGCAUGCAGGCAGGGUUGAAGGAAAGUGUUAAACAACAAACUGCCUUGCAGGAAUCUGCUGUGUUCAUAACUUCCUGCUUACGGUUUGUUGUAGUUUCAAGGUAGAAAAACAUGAUGACAGGAAAAGCUUUGAUUUCCUGGGUUAGCUCUGUACAGCCCAUGCUGAUUCAUUCUAAUUUAAGGUGGAUUUAAGGUGGUUGUUGUGGGAGUUUAUGAUGAGAGUUUGCUGACUCCAUAGAGUGUGAUAGUUACACCAAGCUGAUACUGUACUUUAUUGUCAUGUUUAUUGAUGCAAGUCUUGCAAAGAGCAGGAAGUUUCCAAUAAAAUUGAUUUUACAGAUUCUAAACGAUUUCCUUCAAACAUCUUUACAAAAAUGUCUCUUGCUCCAGGUCAGUCGUCCCCAGUCUCCUCAACGCUUCUUUGUUUUUUGUGUGUGUCUGUCUAAACACUUGCUGCUAAGCAUUAGGGCUAAUUCAGAGUGUCAUUAAAGGAAGCAGAUGGGACUGAUGAGACAGCAGAGAGACAAAACGGGUACAGAAGAGACAAGGAGCAAUCACUGCACUCUAGAUUCUGUGCACAGACAAGUGGAGGUCAUCCUUCUCCAGGAUAAAGACAAUAUUGCAUUUCAUGUAUAUAUAUACUGUACAAGCCAGGCUCUGUAUUUUCUGUUUAGAAUUUUUUUUAAAUCCACCAACUCCAUGGGUAAAGAAAAUGCUGUGUGUUGUAAAUAAAAUGAGUGCAUAAUGAAA